AUUAUCCUAGUCCUAGAGAAAACGCGACAUCUCCCCGCCCGAGUUCUCAGUUGUAAACUUCCGUCGUCGGUGAUAUACAAUACAAAAAGAAUCUGCAACUCGCUUGUUAUCGAAGAGCACCAUGGCAGGUGGACCAACUGACAGAGAAGACAAGGUCUCACUAGAGACCACUGAAGAAAUCCUACAGAGCAUGGAGGUCGGCAUGACAUUUCGCGACUAUAGUGGUAGAAUCAGUUCAAUGGAUUUCCAUAAGACAUCAAAUUUUCUGGUGACAGCCAGUGAUGAUGAGUCCAUACGUCUAUAUGAUGUUGCAAAUGCAACGUGUUUGAAAACUAUUAAUAGCAAAAAGUACGGGGUCGAUCUGGUUAGCUUCACUUCUCAUCCAACAACUGUAAUAUACUCCUCCAAGAAUGGUUGGGAUGAAUCUCUACGACUUCUUUCAUUGCAUGACAACAAGUACUUGCGGUAUUUCAAGGGUCAUCGUGACAGGCACAGUUCUAAGCAGGUCGUCUCUCUUAGCUUAUGCUAUAGAAAGGAGUAUUUUAUCUCUGGCUCACUUGAUCGAACUGUUCUACUUUGGGAUCAAAGAGCUGAGAAAUGCCAGGGCCUUCUUCGAGUGCAAGGAAGACCGGCUACUGCUUAUGAUGAGCAAGGCCUUGUAUUUGCUAUUGCUUUUGGAGGAUAUAUAAGGAUGUUUGACGCACGCUAUUUCGACAAGGGACCUUUUGAAAUUUUCUCUGUUGGUGGAGAUGUAUCUGAUGCUAACAGCGUUAAGUUCAGUAACGAUGGGAGACUUGUGCUUUUGACAACUAAGGAUGGGCAUAUUCAUGUGCUUGAUUCUUCCCGUGGCACACAUUUAUCAACGUAUAAUGUACAGCCCGUUUCAAGUAGUUCAACACUGGAGGCAUCUUUCAGUCCAGAAGGAAUGUUUGUUAUAUCAGGAUCAGGUGAUGGUAGUGUUUAUGCUUGGAGUGUCCGGAGCAGUAAAGAAGUAGCCAGUUGGAUGAGUACAGAUACUGAACCACCUAUGAUCAAGUGGGCUCCAGGAAGCUUAAUGUUUGUGACCGGUUCUUCUGAGCUUUCAUUUUGGAUCCCGGACUUGUCAAAAUUAGCAGCUUAUGUGGGAAGAAAGUAGAGGAAUUUCAUACUGUUGUCCAUGUGUUGGGAAGUGAUAGAACAAGGCCACCAAAACCUAUUGGAUUGUUCCUUCUGAGCAUUGUCUGCAUGAUGUUAAGAUUUCACAGAUCAUAGUGUAUGCUCCUCAGAGUGCUUUCUGAAGUUGAACACUGGACGAUCAGUGUUGGCUACACCAAAAAUCAGUAGUUGGGAGGUCGAAGGAUUGGUCUAAGCUGAGAACUGUGGUGGUAUAAUUCUAUUAUUGAAUUGAUUUGUCAUGAAACUUUAUUUGAUUGUUUGAAGACCACAUUGUGUUUUGUCACAAAUGGAACUUCCAA